AUGCGUUGGGUUAUCCUGCUGCUUCUUGUCAACUUUUCCGACGAGAGAAUUCAAAGAGGUUUGUUUAAGAUAGGGGUUUUUGAGUAACGGAAUAUGUGAUGUGAGCGCCCAAGUAAAUUUCUGGACCCUUCUAAAGAAUUUCUUCUCAAAACAACCAUUUUCUAGGAAUGACUUACAAGCGACGAUUGCCUUCAGCCUUCACGUUGGCUCGACUUCAGAAAAAGUACGACGAAGACUACGAAACCGAAAGUGGUGAGCGACAACUCGGCAAGAACGACGGUUCGUGUUCAUUUUGCGAAGAGAAAAAACCCAGCUUUUCAAUCUUUAAAUUUUUUUUCGACAUCUUGCACAGCCAAGAGUGCGAAAAAAAAAUGUCCCAGGGUCACCUGGCGCUUUUCACUUUUCUUCUGCCGCGACACGCUUCAGAUCAUUAUCGGGUCAACCGAAGAAAAACUCAAUAGCUAAUGAAAAUGAUCAAAAAACGAUGAAUAAUUCGUAAAAAAUUAAAUCUCAAAACUACAGUAAGCGGGUCGAGAAAACGGGACGACGUGGUCAGUGACGUUAAAUGUCUUCAGAGAUGCAACAAUCGCCUCAAUAUAGGGAUGGACAUGGUCAAUGUAAGUCUAGCAACUGUCUUUUCUCGAUUUUUUUAAAAUCUUUUUUAAAAUUUUUCUAUGAUGCUAAAAGACCUUCUCAGGCUCACAUGGCGUUCGGGAGCAUCGACGUGCCUUCCGUGGUCGACAGACGUGAUCUCGAACUUUUUUGCCUUUUGGACUAUCAACAUAGUCAGUGUAUAGACGAGUGUGGCUACUCGGUUCAGUUCAAUCUUCGCGAAUAUGUUUGCCGGAACAGAUUUCCAGAGGUGGGUCGGAGAAAACUUUACAACAUUAUUUACUGAAAAAUGGAAAAUAAUUAUUAAACUUCAUACUUCAUCAAAACUAUUCAUGAACAUAAACAAAUCUUUUUCUCGUGUGAAAAACUCAAAUAAUUUUCAACUUUUCUCAUAUUUUGCACUAUAUCUCCGUACUCAGAUGCUGAAACACUUGCCCUGCUACGCCCGUUCUUCGGGCUCUCUGAUCCGACAUUGUCGGCCGAGGUGCGGAGGCUACAAACCGUUGAUGCACACCGCCGAAGGAUACGCUAAACGGUGGAGCUUUCCGUCAACAAAUUAACAAUGUUAUCUGCAGGUGUCGACAGUUGCUAUGCGAUCACACCUGCGUUUCUUUCAUUUUGAAAAGAGUUAGUCUCCAUUCAAGUCGUUGAAAACCAGAAAAAAGAACAUCCUGACUUCAGAUAUGCCCGGAGGAACAGGGGGAAGCCGCAGCAAACUACUUGCUCGACUUUACAAGAUUACAGGUAAGAAACUUCCUGAUACUCCGGUUUUCAAGUAAUGACAGGUCGACUACUGGAUGCGAGAAUACUCGAAAGACCCAACAAAUACCAAAUCCUAUCCGACUUCUUGUGCACGACUACAAUGCGAUGAUUUCCGUCUCGCAAACUGUCGCCGGCAAAGACGCGGGUGA